AUGACGAACAUAAUAAACCUUCCAGAAGAUCUAGUAGUGGAGAUAUUCUCUAGGAUUUCGGCUGUAUCUCUGGCGCAGCUGCGAUCAACAUCGAAAGGAUGGAACGCUCUGAUCGGAGAUGGGAGACUUGCCAAGAAGCACUCUGCUAAUGCACCAAAGCAGUCUCUGGUCAUCGUGGUUACUAAUCUUAGGGUUUGUCUAUUGAGCGUCGAUCUCCGUGGAAUGCACGACAACGUUGCUCCAUCUGCUAAGGUCUCAGCUCCGUUUAGCUUGAAAGGUCCUAAACCACAUGCUUCAGAAGAAGUCGAUAUACGCGAGGUCUUUCACUGCGACGGCUUAUUGUUGUGCACCACCACAGACGAUAGACUCGUUGUUUCGAACCCGUGUUCCGGUGAAACAAGGUGGAUACCGAUCCCAUCAAAACAUUAUGACAAGGAAAUCCACAUGUAUGCUCUCGGUAAAUCCUCGUGCAACAAGUACAAAAUCUUGAGAGUGGAUCGCCUAAAUCGUUACGAGUACGAAAUCUAUGACUUAACCUCCGAUUCGUGGACGUGUGUUGGUGUGAUUACGGACUUGUACUCGAGUGGUGGCAUUGCGAUGAAAGGAAAUACUUACUGGUGUUCUCGUUCACCAGAGGGUCCCUUGUUAGUAUGUUUUGAUUACUCAACAGAGAAAUUUACGAGGAUGUCUCUUCCGGAGGACCCGGAUGAUACUCUUGCUCACUCUGCUUUGAAUUUAACAGUGACUAGAGAAGGGCAACAGCUUUGUUUGUUAUCUACAUCUUUCUCUGAGACAACAAACCAAAUAAACGUAUGGAUUACAACUAAGAGUGAGAGUCCUGGAGCAAUGUCAUGGAGUAAGUUUGUAACACUGUCGCGAACGCGAGCCGAUUUAAUCUCUCGUCUUCAGUUUAUGAUGGGGACACGUUUCUUGUUCGACGAGGAGAACAAGGUUGUUUUGUCUUGUAAUGGCCCCACGGAGCACUCCAAGAACAUCAUACACAUUAUGGGAGACGAUAAAUACAUAGACGUGAAUCAUCAUGGUGCAGAACCUACAUCUCCUGACUGCUUUCUCCUGAGUUAUGUUCCAAGUUUGGUUCAAAUCCAACAAGCUAUCUAG